AACAGUUUGACAAUUCGCAAUUCGACCGCGGAAUUCCGUUUGUGGGUGUGAAUAUUGAAUUAACAUUUCAAAUAAAUCGAAAAUUUAUUACGAAAAACGGGCUAUAAAAGAAAAUAGUGAAUUAAAUCAUAUUUUUAGCGACAAAAGACAGUGACUUCCAUUUACCGAUAGACCAUUCUGUUGGGCGUCCCUGGAAGUUCGUCAAGUGGGCAGGCGUGCUGUCAGCCAGUUGGCUGGUCGAGGAAUGGGAGACGAAGUCGUCAUCAUACACUUUAACGAUGUUUAUAACAUCGAACAGACUACGAAUACGGAACCAGUGGGAGGUGCCUUAAGGUUCAGUACAGCUGUCAAAGCUCUCCAACAUCUGAACCCCUUGGUUCUGUUCAGUGGAGAUGUCUUCUCACCUAGCAUGUUGAGCACAUUUACAAAAGGCGAACAAAUGGUACCGGUGCUGAAUGAAAUCGGAACGCAUUGUGCCGUGUUUGGAAACCACGAUUUUGAUUUUGGACUAGAAGUCCUGUCAGGAUUGGUUGCGCAGUGCAAUUUCCCCUGGCUCAUGUCCAAUGUGAUUGACAACGAGACGGGCCGGCCACUCGGCGAUGGCAAGAUCACACACGCACUCAUGUGCAAUGGUCAUAAAAUUGGUUUCAUUGGAUUGGUUGAACAGGAGUGGUUGGAAACUUUAGCAACGAUAAACCCAGAGGAGGUGACAUUCAUAGACUUUGUACAAGCAGGAACGAAGCUAGCGACGCAGUUGAAACAAGAGGGCUGUGAGUAUGUGAUAGCACUUACACACAUGCGGACUCCAAAUGACAUAAAACUUGCCGAAGGAUGCAACGAUAUCGAUCUCAUUCUUGGCGGACAUGAUCAUGUGUAUGAAGUCUUACAUAUAAAUAAUAAAUAUGUGGUGAAAAGCGGCACAGACUUCCGUCAGUUCAGUAAAAUCAGCAUCAGCUUCGCGGAGGAAGGUAUACAAGUUGAUAUCGCGGAGAUGCCCGUCACAUGCGCGUACGCAGAAGAUCUCGUGCUAAAGGAGAAGACGGAUAAAUAUUCUUCAAUGAUCGAAGGCAAAAUGGAUGAGGUUCUAGGCAAGAUCUGUGUGCCUCUAGAAGGUCGGUUCUCCUGCAUCAGGCGGCAGGAGUGCAACCUCGGGAACUGGGUCUGUGAUGUACUGCUCGCCGCUACUGGGGCCGAUCUCGUGCUACUCAAUUCUGGCACCUUUAGAUCUGAUCAGGUACACGCAGCCGGUGACUUCACUCUCCGAGACCUCUCAACGAUAAUCCCCAUGCGGGAUCCCCUCGUGGUGGUGGAAGCCACUGGGGAGGUCAUUCUGCAAGUCUUGGAGAACUCUGUUUCCAAGUACCCUAGCUUGGAGGGACGGUUUCCUCAGGUCGCAGGCGUAUCCUUCGCCUUUGACCCCUCAAAGCCUCCAGGGCAGAGGGUAGCGGAACAGGUGGUCAAGAUUGGAGACGAAUACCUUCAGAAGGAGCAGGUCUACCGGCUGGCUGUGAAACAAUACUUGUAUAGUGGCAACGAUGGGUUCACUAUGCUGCCCAAAUGUAAAAUUCUGAUCCCCGAAGACAUGUGCCCGGAGAUAGGCAUGGCUAUACAGAAUCACUUCGCAGCUAUCAAUGUACGCACGGGGCGCUCCCGGCCCAGCAAACAUCGCCAGUCGCUCGUUACGCUUAGCCGGAGACACAGCCUGGUGAAGAUGUUGGAUGGCAGUGAGCUGGACGGUCCCCCGCCACUGCGCCGCGCCUCCUCCGCCGCCGUAGAGCCCGUCUCACAUUCUGGACAUCACAGGUUAACGCGACGAGCCUCCCUGGACGACUUAGAGCAACAAUCCUGUGAGCUAGCCCCCAAAUUGGAGAACAGGAUCAUCAUUCUCAAUAAACCUGAGGAACUUCAAGCUUUGAUCGCGGAGCGUACUCGCUGGGAAUCAGACACAGUCAUCCGUGAGGUGGAUGAUGAAGGCUCACCCUAAGAUCUACCUUCCCUGUACGGCUGCUUCAUUUGGUACCGGCACUUUCAGAAGUAGCGACUGCAAGUACCACUUGAUACUACGCCGAUUGGUACCACAGUUACAGGAUACCAUUUCCAAGUACCAAAGACUUUUUUUAGAGAUAUUUCGGUUGUACAACGGUACCAAUGUUUGUUGUGUUAAAUUAAUUUAUUUUUAAAGUGACUUUUGUGUGGUACUAGAAAGUACCAGUUUGUCAAAUUUUCGACUUUAGUGUCUACUGAAAGUAGUGAAGGA